AUGGCGAGAAGGAAAUCUGGACUUUUCAAACACACUACCCUCAGGGUACGGGAUGACUCCGUCACAAAGGCAUCCGAACUCUCAGUUCGGCAAUCCAUCUUGCCUAUCAUCCUGGUCACAACUCUUUACUUCCUCUGGGGUUUCGCCUACGGUCUCCUCGACACCUUGAAUAAACAUUUCCAAGGUGUUCUCGGCAUCUCUCGUGCUCGCUCCUCUGGGCUUCAAGCAGCCUAUUUCGGCGCCUACCCAUUGGCCUCCCUAGGCUAUGCAAACUGGAUCCUUCGCCACUUCAGCUACAAGGCUGUAUUCAUGUUCGGUCUGACUUUGUAUGGCAUUGGCGGGCUACUAAUGUGGCCUGCUGGCCUGAAGAGAUCUUUCGGAGGAUUCUGUGGCGCCACUUUUAUUAUCGGAUCUGGACUGGGCAGCUUAGAGACAGCAGCAAACCCUUUCAUCGCGGUGUGUGGACCCCCAAAAUACUCGGAAUUACGCAUCAAUCUAGCGCAAUCGUUCAAUGCCGUCGGGACGGUGGUAGGGCCUGUUCUGGGCAGCUACGCCUUCUUCAAGAACACGGGGGACGAUUUGCAGAGUCUGAGGAACGUGCAAUGGGUGUACCUCGCCAUUGCCAUUUUUGUUUUCAUUCUCGCGUUCGUGUUUUAUAUCUCCCCGAUUCCAGAAGUUACAGAUGCGGAUAUGGAACACCAGGUCGCCGUCACCCACGACGGGCUGGAAGAGAGGAACAAGAGGCCAUUUUGGAGACAAUACACCGUCUUCCACGCGGCAUUCUCUCAAUUCUGCUACGUCGGGUCUCAGGUUGCAUUAGCAGGAUAUGCGAUAAACUACUUCACCGAGAUCGCCCCGAUAUCGAAUUCCACGGGUGCGGCUUUGCUCGCGGGCGCGCAAGGAUGUUUCGCCGUGGGCCGCUUCUCAGGCUCGUUCCUAAUGCGGUUUAUCCGCCCGCGCUACAUCUUCCUGUUCUACCUGACGGCCGUGAUCGCGUUCUGCUCCGCGGCCAUCACGGAGCGGAGAAAUACGGGGAUUGCCAUGUUCAUGCUGACCCUGUUUUUUGAGAGUGUGUGUUUCCCCACCAUCGUCGCGCUGGGGAUUAGAGGUCAGGGCAGACAUACCAAGCGCGCGGCGGGCUGGAUUGUCGGAGGCGUCUCAGGUGGCGCCGCCGUGCCGCCCCUCCUGGGCGCGACCGCCGACUGGCGAAACAGCACGCCCUUCGCGCUGGUCGUGCCCGUGUGCUUCUUCAUCGCGAGCUGGACAUACGCCCUGUGCGUCAAUUUCGUGCCCUACUACCGCAUUCCCGCCGAUGCGAUCGGCGAAUCCGAUGUCGGCUUGGAUCGGCGCGGCGAGGGCACCGCGACCGGCGUGGACGGCGGAGACGGGGACGGGGACGGGGACGUGGAGAAAGUAGGCGGCGGUGCCGUGCAGAUUGAACGCGGCGGGAGGGAGGAGGUGGAGAGGGUACUUGAGAAGGAGUGA